GUAUCCGAUGAUUGGUCGACCUGACGGCACAAAUCUUUUGACGGGGCCCAAUGUCUAUGCUGCUGACGAUAUGAAAGUCGAUUGCUGUGUUCUGAGUUUCAACAGCAAAUAUGUCGUUACCGGGUCUGCGAGUGGUCCUCCCCAAGUCUGGGAUAUGGAGACUGGUGAACCGUGCAAGAUUAUGGACGGUGAAGAACUCGGCUGCAACGACCUUCACCUGGCCUGCAAUGAUGAACUCCUGGUUGGACAAGUUGUCGAUGAUAUCACGGCCGCCGGCAGCACUAAAAUGCAUAGACUUCAGCUCUGGAACUUUGCAACCGGCGCCCGUUUGGAAAUGCCCUCCGAGAUUGUCUGCUCUGCUAGCUGCGUUUCCAACGAGGGCGUGCAUAUCAUUGCAGCUCGCCAUACGCCCUCUGGACCGUCAAUUCUCGACCGUCUUGUGGUGGCCGGCUUUACAAACCCCGAUGACGACCAGGCCUACUUUAUGGUCUUCGACCUUGCAGCACACACAACAGGUAUUGUGCAACCGAACUUUGUGGUGUUUGAUGCUAAACCGGAGGCUACCGAGAUCUUGAACAAUGAGGAAGCUGUCACCGGUACACGCAAGGGCGAAUUGGUGGUGUGGAACCUGCUGACUGGUCAACCCGUGCGUCAGAUUGAAAUUUCAGCCACGCUAGAGGGCGGCAAUCGGGCUAACCUGCCGCCGCACACGGGUAUCAUUCACGCGGUCACCCUCUCCGCGGACAAGCGUUACCUCGUGACGGGAGCUCAGGACAGACUGGUGCGCGUCUGGAGCAUGCCCGAGGAGCGAUUGCUGCACACUCUGGAGGGACAUGCGGAUGAUGUAUGUCUAUCUAUCUGUCUGUUUACUUUCGUUUAUUUACCCUCACCCCCGUCCUGUUGUUAUGCAUGCAGAACAAAAGGUUGUUUGUAG